ACACCGUUACAAUGAAUGAGGAACCAGUGACAUUGAUGCAAGAGUGAUUAUGUCUUUCAAUCUGAGAGCAACACAUCAAAAGUAAUUAACUGAAAAGUACCACGUUCGGAACAGCGAUGUCGGAACAGAGGAGACUGUCUUUCUGCAUAUUUGCAAGUCUAUUUAUAGCUGUUAUUUCACUCGCGAUCGCAAACUCAUCAGUCAGUGAUCAGUCAUCAUCACAUCACAUCGGUCAUAAUAAUAUAAAUUCUGCGCAAACCCGGAGCAAAGCACAGAGACAAAGACCUCAGACCAACACUACACGAAUACAAAUUGAUUUAAAAGGACCCAACGUUUGUGGCACCAGGUGUUGCCUUUCAUGGCUAGUCAACCCCAAGACCGGACAAUGCACAAAACCAAGAUGUCAUCCCCGAUGCCAUAAUAAAGCGAUUUGUCGUCGGCCGAACAUCUGUCAGUGUCGUCCUGGUUUUCACGGUCAUCGCUGUGAGCACGCUAAUGUUUCCUCAACCCCGAGCUCCUGGUUUGAAGCACAGCUUGGUCCCACCGUACUCUCAACUACAGCCACACCAGCAGUCACUGCAGUUUCCACCACCACCCACCAGAACGUCUCCAUGUUUGACUCGGACCGAGCUCCCAGAGAAGCCAACCCAGAUGUCUGGAAGUCGUAUUCAUUACAGUGGCAACCGCUCAAGUUAGAGGAGGCUCAGUCAGCCAUACUGAAGAAAGCUCUGACUAGUAAAACUGCUGGGGAGAAGAUCACAGGACUUAUACUGAAAUACAUUGAAUCAGAGCGAAGUAAACCACAGUCCUCCUCUUCUACCCAAGUCACAACAGUCUCCAGCAUAAAGACCUUCCACACACAACGGGGACAGUACACCCUCAUCUACACAGCAGUCAACGCUCAGCCGUCAUCCGGCCAACAUUCGCCCGGAGUCAUCCGCGGGGGUGCGGAGCGGAUCAAGGUUAUGUUCACCCCCACCAUCUGCAGACUGCGCUGCACGCAGGGACGCUGCACCAACUACUGUGAGCGGGGAAAUGUCACCACUAUCUACAACAGUGAGCAGGGACGACAACCGGUGCCCGGAUCUGGCUUUAGAGUUUUCGUGUGUCCUAUGUUGUGUCAGAAUGGAGGUGUGUGCAUUCAGAAGGACCAGUGUCUGUGUCCACCCAACUUCACCGGGAAGUUCUGCCACAUCCCCAUCUCUUCUGGCUCUUCCACCAAUGAUAUUGAAAAACCACCGUCAGAUGCUGCCCAUUCAGCCAAUCACCCGAUGACGUCUGAGUACAUGCUGCCAUUGCAGACUCCAGAGCAAAGCAACACCAAUGGGUCCCCCAUGGUGAAGGUAAGAGUCCAGCACCCUCCAGAGGCCAGUGUUAAAAUCCACCAGGUGUUAAAGGUGGGUUACGGACCCACCGUGCACCAGCAGUCCGAAAUGGUCACCUGGUCCGCAGGGCUUUCGGGUGCUCGCACGCACCAUCUUCCAGGGGAGAGAGCAGAGGCCCCGCCCCCACAGAUACAAGCCCAGACCAUACGUGGAGAUUCAGUGUACACCGAAUCAUCUGGAUUUAAAUACUGCUUCAGAGAAAUCCGCAAUGGACAGUGCAGUUCUCCUCUGCCCGGUCUGCGGAGUCAAGAGAUGUGCUGCCGGGGGUUCGGGAAAGCCUGGGGUAUCAACGAAUGCACGCUCUGCCCAACAGGCUCAGGAAACAGUGUGAAUGGACAGGGGAGUUGCCCGAAAGGCUUUGAGAGGGUCAACGGGACGCAGUGUGUGGAUAUUAAUGAGUGUUUGCAGCCUGGUUUCUGUGAGAAUGGGAAUUGUGUUAACACCCGGGGGAGCUACAGUUGUGUCUGCAAAGAGGGCUUCUUAUUGGACGCCUCUCAAGGGAUCUGCAUCUCACAGAAGGUGAUCUCUGAGGAGAAGGACCAGUGUUUCCGCAUCGUAAAUCAGGGUUCCUGUUCGCUACCCAUCCUGAGGAACAUCACCAAGCAAAUCUGCUGCUGCAGUCGAGUUGGCAAAGCCUGGGGGAAGAAGUGUGAGUUAUGUCCUUACUUUGGCUCAGCUGCUUUCAAAGAGAUCUGUCCUGCAGGACCAGGUUACCAUUAUUCUGCUUCAGCCGUCAAGUUAAACCAGAAGCUAGCUGAGAUGCUCAACACUGGUGGGCCGCCUUUGGUCUCCGAGAACGUUCGAACAUCCACUCUAAACAUCGGACUCCAACCUGCGGUCCCUGAAAGCUCAAGAACACACACAAAUGCACAGUCCACCAGAACCCAGCAACCUCCACAACUGUCCAACACACAAACCAUUAGAGUCCAACAACCAGUGAUCGCUCAGUCAAGACCAGUCCAACCUCCACAAUCCACUUCAGUUAUUGUACAAACGCCACCAAAACCAAACCUGUCGACAGGAAGCGGGUCUCAAACCACUAAUGCCAGACCUCAGCAGCCCAACCUCGGUCCUGGCAGCGUCGCCACGGCAACCAGCCAGCCAACUAGAGUGAUCACACCUGUUGUCCGGACGUACACAAGCCGACCAUCUGUUAACAGGCAGCCGAUAUAUCCAGCCAGACCACUUCCUGUGCCAGCUACGCCCCGCCCACUUCCACCUAGACAAGGCGUGCGAGUGUGUGAAUCGAGACCUCAGGUGUGUGGACAGGGUCGCUGCGUUGACCAGCCAGGUGGCAGACACACAUGUUUGUGCAAUACUGGAUACAUAUUCAAUGCACAGCAAGGUCAUUGCCAAGAUAUAAACGAGUGCCUGUUGACACCCAGGCCAUGUUCUGCAGGACAGUGUCAGAACACAGAUGGGAGUUUCCGUUGCGUGUGUCCGUCAGGAUACCAGACCAAAACCCAGCAGACCCAGUGCAUUGAUGUUGAUGAGUGCCGUCAGGUGCCUAACCCCUGUAAUAAUGGCCGCUGUGAGAACACACUUGGCAGCUUCAGGUGUGUGUGCAGAAUUGGAUACAAGCUACAGGAAAACAUCUGCACAGACAUAGAUGAGUGUGUUGAUCCUCUACGGUGCUCUGGUCAGGAAUGUGCGAACACUCCGGGUUCAUUCAGGUGUAUUUCCUGUAAGCCUGGCUUUGAUCUACUCAACGGACAGUGUUCAGAUAUCGACGAGUGUCGUCGGACCCCGUCCCCCUGCGCUGACGGCCGUUGUGAGAACACACCGGGCAGCUACAGGUGCUCGUGUCGAACAGGAUACAAGUUCCAGGCCAACACAUGUGUGGAUGUGGAUGAGUGUCAGGACUCAUUACAGUGUCCUGGUCAGGAGUGUGUGAACUCUCAGGGUUCGUACAGGUGUGUGUCGUGCAGACCUGGCUUCGGUCCCAUCAAUGGAAGAUGUUCAGAUAUUGAUGAAUGCCGUCAGACACCUUCUCCUUGUUCUAACGGUCUGUGCGAGAACACACCUGGCAGUUUCAGGUGUACGUGCAGGACAGGAUUCAGACAGCAGGGCGGCACAUGCAUCGAUGUGAAUGAGUGUGAAGAUCCAGCUCAAUGUCCUGGUCAGGAGUGUGUUAACACUCUGGGUUCCUAUAGAUGUGUCUCCUGCAGGCCUGGAUUUAGCCUGAGAAACGGCGCAUGUGCAGAUAUCGACGAGUGCCGUCAGACUCCUUCACUGUGUGUUGACGGAAGAUGUGAGAACACUGCAGGUAGCUACAGCUGUCUGUGUCGGCCUGGCUUCAGAUUGGAUGGAAAUAUCUGCAGAGAUGUGAACGAGUGUGAGAAUGAACUUCAGUGCCCAGGGAAACACUGUGUGAACUCGGUUGGCUCCUUCAGUUGCGUGUCCUGCCAGCCGGGCUUCGAGGUUCUGAAUAGCCAAUGUCAAGACGUAGAUGAAUGCGUCCGAAAUCCCUCGCGCUGCACUAACGGCCAGUGUAAGAAUACUCCGGGCAGCUAUAGAUGCGUUUGCUCUCUUGGUUUCCAGCUAAAGGAAGGCGCCUGCGCUGACAUUGACGAAUGUUUGGACCCACUGCAGUGUCCCGGUCAGCAAUGCCUGAAUUCUCCGGGCUCGUACCGCUGUGUUCCCUGCAGAGACGGGUACAGCAUGCAGAACGGACGCUGUGCAGACGUUGAUGAAUGUGCGAGCGCUCAGAUGUGUGGACCACAGAGCUUGUGUGUGAAUACAGACGGGUCUUAUCACUGCGACUGCCUACCAGGAUACAGAGCAGCUGGUCCCAGACGCCAAUGCCGAGACAUUAAUGAGUGUCUGGAAGGAGAUUUCUGCUUUCCAAGCGGAGAGUGUGUGAAUACAGAUGGCUCGUAUAAGUGCGUUUGCGCGCAGGGCUACAAGAGCGGCGUCAACGGGACGUCCUGCCAAGAUAUUGAUGAGUGUGCACGAGAGGGAGUUUGCCAGGACGGCCGCUGCACCAAUACAGAGGGAUCAUUCCUGUGCCACUGCCAAACUGGCUUCACCACUAACCCAGAGAGAACAACCUGCCUGGAUGUGAAUGAGUGUUUGGACUCCGAGGGGGCCGUGUGUGGAUCCCAGCGCUGUGAGAACACCAUCGGCUCUUUCCACUGUGUGUCGUCCUGUGAGCCUGGAUACCACAUCACAGUCAUAGGAGAGUGUGUGGAUAUCAAUGAGUGUGCCAAUGCGACUGUGUGUGGGAAAAACUCCUACUGUCAGAAUCUGAUUGGCACAUAUCAGUGCAUCUGCGACCGGGGCUAUGAGUCCACGGGCGAUGGGCAGGCAUGUGUCGACAUAAAUGAGUGUGAGAUAAUGGAGGGUGUGUGCGGAUUUGCGCGCUGCUGGAAUGUGGAGGGAAGUUUCACAUGCGAGUGUGAGAAUGCACAGGAGGAAUAUAUGCCACUAGUACAGCGGUGUGUGAAGAGAGCGAGUGCAGCAGGUAGUUCUGGACUGAUGGACGGAGAUUCCUCUUCCACAGCUGUGCACGGAUCAGUUGAUUCUGGUUCAGAGUCCGGUUCUCUUCCUCAAGCUCGUCCUGGAGAGCUGAGAGAGUGUUACUUCGGCAUCUCUGAGCCCUACUCGUGCAAGAUAUUGACUCAGAACACCACGCUGCAAGAGUGCUGCUGUACGGUGGGCCAGGGCUGGGGUCUCCUCUGCCAGUAUGACAUCUGCCCUGAACCUGGAACAGCGGAAUACCAGUCGCUGUGUCCCAACGGAAGGGGUUAUGUUACCGUGGAAACGGGACCUUUCAGCUAUAAAGAUGUGGAUGAAUGUAAGCUGUUUGAUCCAGAGGUGUGUAAGGGCGGCGUGUGUGUCAACCACAUUCCUGGCUACGCAUGUUACUGCCCCAGUGGAUUCUACUAUGACAUGGAGCUGAUGGAGUGUAUCGAUAAUGACGAAUGUCAAAGUGAAGAUUCCUGUCCUGGUGGCAUGUGUGUAAAUACAUUAGGCACAUUUUACUGUAUGUGUGAGCCCCCUCUAGUGCUGGAUGACACACAGCGCAGCUGCGUCAAUGCAAGUGACCUUACUCGGGGUGAGAACUUAAAUUUCUGUUGGCGUCAUGUGACGGCGAGUCUGGUGUGUCAGAGCCCUCUGCUGGCAGUUCAGCUGACCUUCACUCAGUGCUGUUGUUUGUAUGGUGAGGCGUGGGGUCUGCAGUGCGCCCUCUGUCCCCGCAGAGAUGAAGAAGCCCAUGAGGCUUUGUGUAAUGAGCUGGGUCCUCCUCCGUAUUCUCCACGUUAUUAUGAGCGCUUCGGCCCGCUCCCUCCGCCUGUAAGAGAAGAAUACCUCCCACCUUACGGCCCACCUGAGUUUCCCGAACCUCUGCCAGGGCGUCCGGAGUACCUCCCUACUGAUUAUGAUGACUACAGCCCUGUAGGGGCAGGGGGGAGACUGUCCGGGCUGAGAGAAAGACCACCCACUUCAUAUGGACUCCCAGAUUCCCCCUAUAGACAGCCAUCGACGGGUGGAAGUCGUUAUUAUGAGGAAGACGAUUAUGAAACCGCCCCUGGUCCUCCCUUUGGGAUCCCCGAUCCUCGCAACGAGCGGGCAUUCGAUGCACGACCCCUGCCAGCCCGCCCAGACGGGCGCCCGCUGAGCCUGGCCCCCUUCCCUGAAAACUCCCCCUACAGUGAGGGUGAAGGGGGGGAGUCAUGGAGAGUCCCGCCCCCAUUCCCAAUCUUCCCUGACAGACGGGAGGGACCGCGGAGAAUCUAUGACGGGAGAUAUGAACCAUAUGGAAGUCUGAGUUCAGAGGAAUGUGGUAUCCUUCAGGGGUGUGAGAACGGCCGCUGUAUCCGUGUGGAUGAAGGAUACACCUGUGAUUGUUACGAUGGUUACCAUCUUGACAUCACCACCAUGACUUGCAUAGAUGUGGAUGAGUGCGAGGAAGAAGACACAAUAGACUGUAUUAACGGUCGCUGUGUGAACACGGAAGGCUCCUACAGGUGCGUGUGUCUCAGGGGAUUCAUCAUGUCCCGAAGACCCAACCACUGCAUCCCUGCUUGAGCGAACACACACACAAACCCGUCACGUAAACCGGACUGCCAAUCAUCUGACAGUUUAUAGAUUAGACUAUUCAUCAGGUCAAUAGAAUUUUUUUCUCUGCAUUGCUGUAAAUUGUUACUUUAUUUACAAUGUUUAUAUCAUAAGACUUAAUACCAAAUCUUUACACAUUAUAACACACAUGAAAGACUUGGAUACUGUCGGAAAGUGAUGUGGCUUUAAAUAAACCUGUUAAAGUUUGGUUACGUUUGUUCAGAAUUAGGCUACAGUAGAUAAGCUUAAAUGACUAAGGCCCCGUUUACACUGCAGUUCUUGAUGCCCAAUUCCGUUUUUGUGACUAUAUCAGAUUUAUUUGACGACCCGUUUACACCUUAUUUUCAAAGUGACCUGUAUCCGAUAUCUGCAUUUACACUAUACUCAGCGAAACAUCCCAAGUUAGAAGUACUAACCGGUAAAAAGAAGAAACGUCAUUUGCCACGUCACUGAUUUUUAAAUAGACUGCAGAACUAUUAUCACGGGCAAAGAAAUGACUGAAAUGAUUUUUUUUAGUCAAAUUUGUAUUUAACAUUAUUAAAUCAGUUGUUUGGCAAAUGGUUCCUUUAGUAAAUAAAUAUGUUAUACCAGCAAUAUGUCCAAAUAUAAUGUGGUAAUAGUUUGCAUACUGUAUGUCAACGUGCACAAGAGAGUACCGGAACCUUUUUUCCCCACUUCAAGCACUGGCCCUUUUCAUACAGAGAUUUUGGAAAAUGCAGGCGUAAUAUGUGCCGGGAUUUGUUCCUCUGUGUGCAUAUACACAUAAAGAAACGUGAUGUUAUGCUACUGUAAUGUAAUGUUAUAUUUUUUAAUCGUGAACGUAGCUGUCACUGUAAAGGAAUUUCCCUUGCGGUGUUUUAGGUGGCUCAAUAGCGCGGUUUGGUUUUAUUACAACUUUUCUUCUAUUAUUAGUGCCAAAUACUAAAUAAGCUCUGUUGAUGGGUUAUUAUUAUGUAGCAUUUGUUGUUUAUUAAAUGUUUAAUUAAAUCAUUUUUAUUAAUUUAUUGGUAAAUGCAGAACAACGACCAACAAUAAGAACAAAAGGUUCUCCUUUAAUGAGAGAAGGAUUAGCCUCAGUCAGCCAGCUUAUGCUACAUAUAAGAUAAUAUAAAUAUUAAAAUAAAUAAAAGCAAAUUGUUUAUGCGUCUGUAGUGCAAAUUAAAACGGAACGCAGCAGAGUUCUAACCAAGUACACAUGAGUAUUUGCAACUACAAUAUAAAAUGCACAGGAGGGCACUUUUCAGUUAUAUGACGUACAAACAAUGUGAGCUCAAAAAUGACUUUAAAAAAAUGAUGUUUUUUUAAACAAAGUUUGAGAAAGUUUUUUAUUAUUUAGAUUAUUUGAACAAGCUCUUGCAGACCGAACAAAAAACCCGUCAAUAAAGCAGACUGCACAUGAUAUUACAAAGACCAUAAAUAAACACUUGUAUGUACAAUACAUAUAGGCUACAAUGUUUUUAUUAAGGAAAAAAUAGGUAAAUGCUCGGGCAAGUGUUUAUCCUGUUAAAAGUUAAGUGGGUAUCUGCAGAGAAACUCGAGCUUCCCCGCUACGUGGAACAGCAAAUCUUCAUCAUGUUUAUUGAGGCAAUUUGUAUUUUUAUGAAUUUAGAGUAAUUUUGAGGAAUUUCAAACUUUAAAACUGCAUUUAAGCAGACAGCGCUAUUUUCUCGUCUUGAGUUUCAGUUUGGUGAUAGGGUGUAUCAUGCAUGCAUGCAUGAUUUAGCUAAAUACAAUUUUUUUUAAUUUUCAAAUAAUUGGCGAACUCGCUUAACUUAACAAUAUGGCAAUUUUCCGGGAUCAUCUCUGUCUGAAAGGCAUUAAUGAUAUACGACUCGCAUUGACGGGUGAAUAUCCGAUCUGCCUGUUUACAUGACAGUCACAUUGGCACAUAUCUGAUUUAUUUCCACAUAUGAAUGAGGCCUGAAACUGAUCUCGAAAUAUCCGAAUGCAUGCGCUUUUUUCCUGUUUACACUAUCGUGGGUCAUAUCCGAUCUGUGUCACAUUGGAGGAAAAAAAUCGGAAUUGGGUCACAUUUAACUGACAGUGUUAACGGGGCCUUAGAUAAAGAUGAAAUCACAUCAAGCAAAAGCGCUUUUGAAAUCUAAAUUCUGUACGGUUUACUCCAAUUUUAAUAUUUAUAUACCCAUAUCAAUGAAGGCAAUUUCAUGUAUACUCUAUAAAUAUUUUUACAGUACAUGAUUUUAUAUUUUUGUCUUGUAACUUUGGUGUCUGAGAAUCUUCCUGUGUUAUUAUUUGUUACUGUAAACGUUUUCCGCCAUUUGUUUACUUUAAAUAGUCUUCUGCCUCACCACAAAUCUUAUUUCAUGUAACAGAAUGCACUGUAUUUGUGGGGGAAAUGCAGUUGUGUGAGCUUUCACGCAACUACUAUUGUACAUUUUUUUUAACAAGACGUCUUAGAUGUUUGUUACAGUACAUAUUUUUAUGUAUGUUUUUGAUAUCUUCUACUGUAUGUUUGAAAAAAUAUAUUUGCACACAUUCUAUUGUA